CUCGGCCCUCGGCCCACACCCUCCCGCCGCGCAUCUGCGCUCGCUUAAGAGCCUGGAGCCUGAGGACGAGGUGGAGGACGAUCCCAAGGUGACGCUGGAGGCCAAGGAGCUGUGGGACCAGUUCCAUAAGCUGGGCACUGAGAUGGUCAUCACCAAGUCCGGGAGGCGGAUGUUUCCUCCCUUCAAGGUGCGAGUCAGCGGCCUGGACAAGAAGGCCAAGUACAUCCUACUGAUGGAUAUUGUGGCUGCUGAUGAUUGCCGAUAUAAGUUCCACAACUCUCGCUGGAUGGUCGCAGGCAAGGCGGAUCCAGAGAUGCCCAAACGCAUGUACAUCCACCCGGACAGCCCAGCCACAGGCGAGCAGUGGAUGGCCAAGCCCGUAGCCUUCCACAAGCUGAAGCUGACUAACAACAUCUCUGACAAGCACGGCUUUACCAUCCUGAACUCCAUGCACAAGUAUCAGCCGCGCUUCCACAUCGUGCGAGCCAACGACAUCCUCAAGCUGCCCUACAGCACCUUCCGCACCUACGUGUUUCCCGAGACAGACUUCAUCGCCGUCACUGCCUACCAGAACGACAAGAUCACGCAGCUGAAGAUCGACAACAAUCCGUUCGCUAAGGGCUUCAGGGACACCGGGAACGGCCGGCGGGAGAAAAGGAAGCAGCUAACGCUGCCAUCUUUGCGAUUGUACGAAGAGCACUGCAAGCCUGAGCGCGACGGCGCUGAGUCGGACGCCUCGUCCUGUGACCCUCCCCCGGCGCGAGAGCCGCCGCCCUCUCCCGGCGCAGCGCCCAGUCCCCUGCGCCUGCACCGGGCGCGAGCUGAGGAGAAGUCCUGCGCCGCGGACAGCGACCUCGAACCUGAGCGGCCGGGCGAGGAGAGGGCCGGGACCGCGCUGGGCCGCAGCCCGGGCCUGGACGGCUCCAGCCCCCCUCGCUUGAGCGAAUCCGAACGCGCCCGGGAGCGGCGCAGCCCGGAGCGGGGCAAGGAGCCGCCGGAAAGCGGCGGGAACGGGCCAUACGGCCUGCGGGGCCUAGAAAAAGAGCGUGCCGAGAGCCGGCGGAAGGACGAGGGGCGCAAGGAGCCGGGAGAGGGAAAGGAGCCGGCCCUGACGCCACUAGUGGUGCAGACGGACAGUGCGUCCCCCCUGGGCGCGGGACACCUGCCUGGCUUGGCCUUCUCUGGCCACCUACAUGGGCAGCAGUUCUUCGGGCCUUUGGGAGCCGGUCAGCCGCUCUUCCUGCACCCCGGACAGUUUGCCAUGGGCCCUGGCGCCUUCUCCGCCAUGGGCAUGGGGCACCUGCUGGCUUCUGUGGCGGGCGGAGGUGGUAAUGGCGGAGGCGGCGGGCCAGGCACAGCCACGGGCCUGGACGCGGGCGGUCUGGGCCCCGCAGCCGGGGCGGCAGGCACCACUGCUCCUUUCCCGUUCCACCUCUCCCAGCACAUGCUGGCAUCUCAGGGAAUCCCGAUGCCCACUUUCGGAGGCCUCUUCCCCUACCCCUACACCUACAUGGCUGCAGCUGCCGCAGCGGCCUCUGCUUUGCCGGCCACCAGUGCUGCCGCCGCAGCCGCUGCCGCCGCUGGCUCCCUGUCGCGGAGCCCCUUCCUGGGCAGUGCCCGGCCCCGCCUGCGCUUCAGCCCCUACCAGAUCCCGGUCACCAUCCCACCUAGCACUAGCCUCCUCACCACCGGGCUGGCCGCCGAUGGUUCCAAGGCUGCAGGCGGCAACAGCCGGGAGCCCAGCCCUCUGCCGGAGCUGGCUCUUCGCAAAGUGGGGGCCCCGCCCCGCGGUGCCCUGUCACCCAGCGGCUCAGCCAAGGAGGCGGCCAGUGAACUGCAGAGCAUCCAGAGACUGGUGAGUGGGCUGGAGAGCCAGAGAGCCCUCUCCCCCAGCCGGGAGUCGCCCAAAUGAGGGACCCCCCGCCGCUCCGCUGCCACGCAGGCCUCCCGGGCUGCCUGCCCCUGCUGCUUGGGACGUGUACAGCACAGAAUGGGUAUUUAUUUAAAUAAAGGAGCAAAAGUGGGCUGCAGCCGCCGGAAUAGAGCUCUGCCCGGCCAACCGGGGCCUGGUGGUACACUUCCCUGGGCUUCAACAUGGGAUCUGGCUGCCGGAAGGAGUCGAUUUGGAGCCACUGGACUCGGUCCAGAUUUGCUCCGGUGUAAAGGUGGCAUCGGCCAGGGCAUCUGAGUUCCCCAGCGCUGUGGAGAAGGCCUCAUGCUGGGCCCAGAAGUUCCCUCGGGAACCAGCAGGGCAAGGGCCAGGGGUGGAUGCUUCGGAUGCAGCCUCCAAGCCCCUGGCCUCUGGCCUGCACGACGUGAAAAGUUGGGGUGGGGGGUGCUGGGUCUUUGUAGACUUAAGUCAGUGUAGACCUGAGCUGGGACUUUGAGGAGGAGCCCUGUCUUUUUGGUCCCACCAUCUCGUCCCCCAAGAGAUAGCCCCCCUCUCACCCCUGAGUCAGUGCAGGGAGUGGCACGUCUGCCUUGAGCCCCCAGGGAAAAAAAGAUAUUUAUGAAAUAAAUGGUCAUUUGUGUAAA